AUGUCGGAAGAGCGGAUGCAAACUCUGCGUGUAGAGUUGAAGACAUGGGAGAAACAGUUCUCUGUCCAACACGAUGGGAAAAGACCGAGUCGUGAUGACAUCAAGAACAAUGUCGAGAUUGCUGCAAAGUAUAGAGAGUAUGAUAGGCUACGGCGGCCCUCGGCCAAGCAGACCGAGUCGACGAAACCUGAAAAACCACUCCAUGCAACGCCCAGGAAAGCUCGUCCAGUAGCCGCAACACCACAGAAGCCCAACUCGCAAUUCCUUGUCCCAAGCAUCCCAUUACAAGAGGAGGAAGUAGAACUCGAGCCCACGCCCGCCGCUGUACGAAUGCACCUCGGCCCCACGCCACAAAAAGACGGCCAUAUUCUGAGUCUUUUUGACGACCUGUCGUCAACUGCUUCCAAAGCAUCCCGUACCGUUCUCGCAUCCAUAGAAGCGAAUGCAAAUUUUACUCCGAGUAAACCGGCACAACCUCUUUUCGGCAACAACGAAUCGCCACCGGAGAAUGUACAUGACCGCACUCCUGCCUCAAGCAGCAAACGCUUCCUACUCGACUCGUUCGUCUCGACCACACCUCUAAAGAGAAAGCGUGAGGAUGAUGAACCUACCCAUGCUACACCAUCGAGUGCCAAGGGUCUCUCGACACCCGCCUUCUUGCGUAGGACAUCCAACAUGCUCAUCAUGGACUCCUUGGCCGAAGAAGCCGAAAACGAUGACGAGAUCAAGAGUAUGAAUAUCGGCAGAAUGCGACAACCGCCCUUCAAGAAGCGUGGUCUGGUUAGAAGUCUCAGCAGCAUGAUCCAAGGCAUGAGGAAACAGGAGGAUCACAGGCUUGAUGAAGAAAUGGAGAUGAUGCGUGAGAUGGAGAAUGGCGAUGAUGAUCAAGAACAUCCUAAGCCUGUUGUCCAAGUUGAAGACAGUCAGGUCGUUAUGCCAUUAGGCCCUGAUCAAGCUAUCGAGAGCGAAGAGUCUGAAGAGGAAGAGAAGGAUGCUGGUGUCUUUAGGAAGCCGUGGAAGAAGAAGGGCUUGAAGCGUCAGACAAAGCGUGUCAUCAUGCGACCUGCACCGAAGCCUAAGGCUCCAGCUCAAGGAGAGCAUCCGGAUCCGCCUUCUGACAACGAAGGCAACGUCGCCGAAACACAGCUUCCCGAUGCCGUGAACGAUGUCGACUCGGAUGCAGAUUCGGAUGCAGCAUAUAGUGACACGGAAGCUAAGCGCAAGCGACAACUGACAAAGACUACAACUACGGACAAAGACGAUGCCUCGAAAAGCUCCAAGAGCGAUGGGAUCGUCAAGAAGGCAGCUAAGAAGAUCAGCGCUACUGCACACGCAAACUUCAGAAAGCUCAACAUCAAGAACAAGAACUCGAAAGCCAAAGGCAGAGGCAGAUUCGGAAAGAGGUGA